AGAGAGAGUCCAUACGUACAUAUAGAGUAGGGAGAGGGCGGGGCUUAGGCAUAGAGAAAGAGGUGGGAGAAAAUCUGAAUCUGAGUAAGACGGCGGCCAUGGCUCGCUCCCUUUGCUGUUCCACCAGGUGUUUGUUGGUGUUGUUCCUGAUAUCAGCCGUGCCAAUCGGAUAUGUGAUAAGGCUGGGGACGGCUGGGAAGGCGGGCAGGCAAGUGUACGAAUACCAGAGUGUUGGGUGGCUGAGGGAGUGCAGCAAGUGGGACGACGUCAACAGUCGAUUCAUCGUAUCGUUGUUCGAGGGGGGUAUGGGCGUAGUUCCGAUUCUUCCCGAGCAUCAUCAUCCCAAAGCCUCGGCCUUGGAGGAGAUCCAGGUGGUAAAGGACGCUGACUUGGCCGGCAACGCCACUCUGGGCUUCACCAUCGACCGCCCUCGGAAUCGGGUGGUGGUGUGCAUAGCUGACAUUUUGGGCAACCGGUACAGUGCCCUGGCGGCCUAUGAUAUCACCACCUGGAACCGCCUCUUUCUUACCAAACUCAGUGGCCCAGAGGAUGAGAAAGCAUUUGCAGAUGACGUGGCAGUGGAUGAGGAGGGUAAUUCGUACGUGACCGACCCCAAAGGAGGCAAAAUUUGGAAAGUGGGUGCGACCGGCCAAUUCCUGGCCACCAUGCGCAAUCCCCUCUUUACCCCCCCGGGCUGGCAGAACCAAAUUGUUGGCAUCAACGGAAUCAUCUAUCAUCCCAACGGCUACUUCUUGGUGGUUCAUACAAUGGCCGGCCAGCUCUACAAGGUUGCUACUAACGCUGUCGCUGGGAAGGAGGCCGGCCCGGUGGUUAGGUUGGUAAAACUUGUUGAAGGGGGUAGUUUGAAAUUCGGAGAUGGGCUGGAGUUGUUGUCUCCCACAAAGCUUAUUGUCGCCGGCAACCCGACUAGACUGGUCGAGACCACCGACGACUGGGAUACCGCCAGGGUCUCAGGCGUGACCAAAGGUGCCACUCAUCGUAUUGUCACGGCAGCCACCGUCAAGGACGGCAGGGUUUACCUGAACCACAUACUUGGGCUGGGCUACCCCAAACGAAAGCACAUUCUCAUGGAGGCUGUUUUCUGAUCUUGGAGUUGAUGGCCCCCUUCUUUUCUUCUCUCUUUUUUAUUUUCGAGUAUUUGGUUGAGAUGUUCGAAUAAGAAAACUUCUGAGAUACAAAAUGUAUUCGUAUAGUACGACUUUCGUAACCAGGAGAAAAGGAAGAAUUUGGAUUGAAUGGUGCCAGGUUUUCUUUUGAAA